AUGGCUUCCGCAUACUCGGAGUCCGAGCCAGUUCUGGUGUCCCGUCUCUCGAAGGCGGGUUUUGAGCAGGCUGAGCGCGAUCUCAUCCUGAAGCACGUUAAGAGCUUGAAGCAGCUGGCCUUCGUGAGCUCCUUUGCUCCGGGGGCUGCGGACGAAGGUCCGUUGAUCGAGGCCCUUAAGACGAUGCUUGGAAAGGACCCGGAGAUGAAUCAGAAGGCAGCUUUCAGAGCAGUUUUCCAUGAGGCAUAUGCCAUUGUCACUUCGGAGAUGCGACAGCAAGUUGAAAGGGUCGAGGAGCCGACAGUUCGUCAUUUGAGUCAGCCCGAGAGGGCUGAGAGAAUUGAGCGACAGCGUUCACAGUUGACUGGCAUCACGAUAAAGGGUUCCUCGGAGCCAUCAGAGGCCCUGGUCGACCUUUGCGUCGGUCAGUAUGAGGCCGAUGUGAUCCAGUAUGUCCCUUGGUCUAAGUGCACGUCGCGGGAACAGGAGCUCCUGGGCGACGGUAAGAAGGACCUGAAGCUUUCGAUAGACGGCGAGAGUGGUAAGCUCAAGGUAGAAAACAAGGCCAAGGAUCAGGUGGCUGACACGUCCACUGAAGUGAUGCUUCUGCAGGCUCUGCAGAGGCGUGCUCUUGCAUUCGAUCAGGCUAACAUUGUUUCUUUCACGAAGCUUGACAUGUGGCAUCAAAAGUUGAUGAAGGCGAGGCUGACUGCGCCCCCGCCGGGUUACCAGCAGGUUACCUUCGCUCAGUUGCAAAAUGCAGACUCGAGGCUCUUUUUGGAGCUUCAGGACCAUACGCGCACAGGCAUUCAGUCGGAUGCCAAAGGCCGUCCGAUCGAUGGGAUCAUAGAUUCUGUCAGCUGCAUGCAUGAGGUGGUUUCGCUGAUGCAGCCGCUCCAGGGCGGCCCCUCGUCUUCGUACGGUCCCAGUGAGCCUGCUCGUCUGCGAGAGUCGCCGUACAAAGGUAAGGGCAAGGGCAAAGAUGGCAAAGGGAAGAAGCGCUUCGUUGCCAUGCCAAGCGAGCUUCGUGGGUGCAAUUCGCACACCGCGAAAGGGCGCCCAAUCUGCUAUGCCUUUAACCUGGGGUCAUGCCCGAACAAGGUGACCGGCAAUAAAUGUGAGAAGGGAUUGCACAUCUGUGCAGUCCCGAAGUGCGGCAUGAACCACGCCGCUGUCAAGUGUCCCAAGAAGCCGAAAGAUGGCGAGCAGGCGGGGUCUGGGGGUGGCGAAGGCCAUUCUCGAGCAAUCCAGCAAGUGCUUACGGCCCAUCCCGAAGGGGAUGAGCCUCUUUUGAGUGCGCCCGAAGGGGCCCAAGCAGUGUCAUUUGAAGGGCAAGGAUCGAAACUCGAUCCGAAAGUGCAUGCGGACUCUUAUGCUGAGGAGCUUCUGUCUUUGGGCAGGGAUCCCACGGCCCAGGAGUUAAUUCGUUUGUUUGACAUGCUGCCUCAGGAGCCGCUUUUGAGCAAUACUCGUAACGAUGGAGCCGUGGCCUUCUCGACUGGUGCCUAUGUGAAGGGGCCGCUGCUCGGUCUCAGGAGCAACUGCAACAAGCAUCCGGCGGCUUCGAGGGUUUUCGCUCAGGCAGUGCAACGCGCUGCCCCAGGGAUGCAAUUUUCUACUCUGAGUGUGUUUUCAGACCUUAAGACGGAGCCUCAUGUCGACCGCUUCAACUCUCCUUUCCCGAACAUUCUUGUGCCACUCAGCAAUUUUCAGAAAGGCGAGGUCUGGGUCGAGUCGGCUCAGGGCGAUUUUCCUCUUGAGGUCGAUGGUGUUACGAAGCGUGGCAUCUUGAUCGAUGUUGCCUCCGGACCGAAGGCCUUCUAUGCUUGCAGCCAUGUGCACGCUACACGGCCGUGGAGCGGUCGACGCGUGGUCAUAGUUGGGUUUUGCGUUGCUAGGGUCCAGGAGCUUGAUGUUGAAUGUCGGGCGCGGUUAGCUGAGCUGAGCUUCCCUGUUCCCCAGACGGCGCCCAACUUUAGUCCGGAUUUGAUCGAAGUCGGGGGAACCUUUCAUGAUCUCAGAAGUUCUCAAGUGGAUGAGGCAUGUGAUGCCCUCCCGGCUCAACUGCAAGCCGCUUCUUUGAUGUGCCUUGACCUCUUUUGCAAUGCAGGUGAGUUUGGAGCCUCCUUGAGGGCCGCCGGAUUCGAUGUGCUCGCGGUUGAACAACCGAAGGCUGCCUCAUGGGAUUUUCUAGUUAAGGUUGUACUCGCUAGGAGGGUCGUCUUUGUGCUUGCUGCCCCCACUGUGGCCGCUUCUGCGGGCGAACUUCCAGCAGGUUUUGCCCAGGUGUCGUCCGAACUCAGCUCUUUCUUGGCUUUCCUCGCCACUCUUGAUAUCGGAUGGUGCGUCUUGAAUCCGCUGACAAGCCGACUGUGGUCGACUUUGGCUCUGCCUGCCUCGCAAGCUGUGAAGUUCGACCUACGUGCCCAUGGUGGCGAGCAGCACCGCCAGAUGCUGUUGCAUACUAACGUCCAGACUUUAAGUGCUCUCGCUGUGUCGGCCGACGACAAUCAGGAACCUUCUAGAGCCUUCCAGUCAGUGACUUCACUGCGGGCCCGGCCGCGUUUGUUGUGCAGUCGGCUCGCCGCCCAGGUAGUUGUUUUCGCGGGUUCACUAGGGUUUGCUGUGUCCCCUGAUGCAGUCAAGCCAUCUGCCAAUCAUCGAUCCUCCAUUGCAGUGCAGCGCCAGCCCAAGGUCUCCAAGGUGCCGCCGCUCAUGCCCGAAUACAAGCAUCGGGUUACUUUGCAGGUUCCGUCCAUGGACGCUCUACGUUAUGAUGCGAAAAACUCCUUGACGGCCGCUUUUCAGUCGGUGCCUGUCGGUGCCCGCAUCCUUCAGGUGGUGCCUGUGCAAGGGGGCGAGGGUCCUUCAGGUUCGGGCUUUAGGGUUACGUUUGGGGUUUACAGGACCGAGGAUGAGUUCGUCAGGACAGCAGUUACUCUAUCUCAUCCUUUCGACCUGUCUUCUGCAGUGCCGGACGAGAUGCUCGAGAUUCUUGCGUUCACCCUCACGAAAGGGCCCUUGGCAGUCAUGAGGCAUCGCUUGGACACCUUGACGAAAUGGAAAAAGUGGUCUCAAGAACUUCGUGGAGCCGAGGCCUCCUUGCACGCGAGGCUUCACCCAGAUGUCGAGAAGAUAGUUGCCCGCAAAAACUUGACCCUCCUGCGGCGUGUGGCCGAGGAUUUACAGUGGCCUGAUGCCACGAUAAUCGACGACAUCGAGAAUGGCUUUGAGCUCGUGGGUGAGGCCAAGCUUACAGGCAUCUUUGAGGUGGACCCGAAACCCUCUUCGAUGUCCGUUGACGAGUUGCUUGAGCACGCUAAGUUCUUGAAGCCAGCCCUGUGGGGCAAGGUGUCGGGCGAUGCGAGCCACCCGGAUGAUCAGGAGCUCUGGGAUCUCACUUGUGCUGAAGCUGACGAGAAAGGUUGGUUGCAUGGACCCUACACGUGGGAGCAACUGCAGAACAUGUUUGACUCCAAGUGGAUACCUGUGCGCAGAUUCUCCAUCAGACAAAAGAACAAAUUGCGGCCCAUCGACGACCUGUCCGAGAAUGCCGUCAAUCAAGCUUGGGCAGUAAUGGAGAGGAUCGGUUUGCGUGCGCUUGAUGAAAUCACUUGGGCAUGUAUGGCUUUGAUGAGGACCAGCUUGGGGCGACGCGAGGUUUUCUUCCGGAAGUCCGACGGCUCCGUCUUGUCGGGGCCUUUGCAUUCGUAUUGGCACCAAGACGCUCGCCGCUGCUCGCCGGUCUUGAAGACUACGGAUCUGCGCUCAGCUUAUAAACAGUUCGCUAUACGGCCGGAACACCAUCGGAUGUGCGUGGUGACCUUGAAGGAUCCGGCGGACGGCUCAACAAAGGGGUUCGUCUGCCGCGUUUUGCCGUUCGGGGCCCUGGCCUCGGUCGGUCAGUUCAACAGGUUUUCGAGGUUGUGGCAAAGGAUUCUCUGGGAGCUGAAGCUCGCUGCGGCGAGCUACUUCGACGAUUUUCCGUCGGUGGAGGUCAGGGCCCUUGCCGAAAACCAUGACUCCUCCGUGAAGGCAGCGUUGCGCCUUUUUGGAGUUGACUGGGCGAGCGACAAGGACCUUCCCUUCUCACCGACGGCCGAUGUAUUGGGCGUCCGACUGGAUGCGACGGAUAUGGAGGGCGGAGUGCUGAGGGUCAAAAACAAGCCAGAAAGAUCCAAGGAAAUUGCCUCUUCGAUUGAUAAGAUCCUUGCGGAUGGCUGUAUUGAUCCGAAGCAGAUCCCCUCUUUGUUUGGCCGGAUACAGUUUUCGGAAAGUCAGUUGAUGGGCCGACAGGGGCGCCUGGCUUUGGCUCAGAUUCGCUGGCUUUCGAGUGCUCGUCACCGUCAUGUUCUAUCUUCCCUGGACGCCACUGUCUUCAGAAGCUUGAGGGAGAGGAUGCUUGAGGGCAGGCCGCGCGAGAUCCAGGUUCUUCCCAUUGGCGGCCAGACUCUUGUUUUCACUGACGGUGCAUGCGACAAGCUGGGGGACAAGUUUAGCUGCUCAAUCGGAGGUGUCAUGUAUCGGGUGCUUCCAAAUGGUUUUCGCGAGACGAGGGCGUUCGGGUGCUACCUGGACGAAUCGGUCGUCGAGCAAUGGGCGGGACUGGGCAAGAGACACCUGAUAGGUCCUACCGAGCUUUUCGCGGUGGUGGCGGCCAGACACGUCUGGAAAGAUUUCCUGAAUGAUCAGAGGGUCGUCUUCUACGUGGAUCACAGUGGUGUUUUGUCUGCGAUGAUCAAAGGGUCUUCCCGCGAUGAUCUCUGGAGGAGCAUCUUGCUUCACUACGAGUGUGCCGACUCGAUGGGGCCAGCGAUCUCGUGGUUCGCUCGGGUCCCGAGCAAGUCGAACCCUGGCGAUGGGCCUUCGCGGUCCGACUGGAGAUUCCCUAUUUUCGGCGAGUACUUCGAAGAUCGGAUUGUGUGCUUCAUAAGCGGCAGAGUUCUCAAAGUCACGGGGCAAAGAGUGCAGGGGUGA